AUGGAUUCCAAAGCGAUCACCGUUUGUGAACUGCUCCAAUCAUUACCUUGCAAGAUGACACCAAAGUCGUUCUUGCUGCACUUCUUACAAUCUGAUAACUCAGAUUUAGCCUACCGGCGGCGCUAUUGGGCAGAGUCGGCCGUUGACUCAACUAUCGUCUUGGUCGAGGCAAUUGCGGAUGAAUUGAAGAGUUCCGCUACUGGACGGAAUGCAUGGGCCAAAUUUAUUGAAAAAGAGGCUAUCAAGUUAUUGGCAAGUCAACAACCCCCCAAAGGGAAUCAUCCUGUUGGGGCCUUUCAGAGUUCAACAACAGUCACAAGGGAGUACCUUGGCCCAGAGGAGAAGGAGAAGCGCGAGGUGCUGCUUACGUCUACUCACAUGCCGUUCUUGUACAACAUCCUGGUGGGAUCUCUUCAUCAUCAGCGCGGGCGGUGCAAUUCGCCCGAGAGGGACGACGAGCUUGAGGAUGAGUACCUGACGGAAUGUGAUGAGGAUGACAUGCCGAUUGAUCUUGAUGUGGUCGCAUACACCCGACGUUUGACUGGGGAGGCCAGGGUGACCUUUAGGUAUCAUCGUAUUGUCACAACAAUCUGUUCGAUGAUGUGUUUUGCCUCUAACCGACGGGCCAAUGCCCUCCAGUUGGUCAAUGGUGUCCGUUUCUUGGCUUGUGGCAUGUCGGAGCGAGUCCAUGAUUACAUGAACUUCAUUGGACUGGCUUCAUCCCGAUGGACGGCACUUGCGGCAUUGGGGACGUUGGCUAAAGGCGCUCAGUCUAAGUUGAAAGCUGCUAUGGCGGGGAAAGUUGACGAGCCUGUUGGCCCAUCCAUUUGUAUAGAUAAUAUUGACAUGGUCGAGAAGGUCCAUGCUUUGUCUGUUGGGAAUCGGUCUCAUACCUUCCGCGGGACAUGGGGCUACAUCCACUUACCUGACCCUAAGCUGCUCAAAAGACUCAAACACGAUGAGUUAUUGCUACCCGCUUACUACGAGGCAAUGCGCCUGGCUCAAGAUGUUCCAAUUGAGCCGGAAUAUGGGAGAUGCUCCGCAUCGGGGUGCUCUGCACCCCCAUUCCGGGAGGCUUAG